AUGGAUGGACUUCCUGGACUACCGGGUCUUGAAGGACCGCAAGGGCCACCUGGGCUCCCCGGUCCUCCCGGUAUCACAGGUCCUACGGGCGUCGGCAUACAAGGAACGGCCGUCCCUGGCACGGAUUCGUUCACCAGUCAUCAAGACACAGUGACUUUGCUCGAGACUAUCUCCAAGUUGUCCAGUGAUCUGGCAGACCUGGAUGAACGAGUGGACAAGCUAGAACGUGCUCUGAGAAGAAUUUCCGACUUCCCUGACGACAUCCCAAGCGACGACGUGGGUUCCUUUCUCAUGGGCAGCGGCUCCGAUUUUGCGGCGCCGCGAGAAAAAGGAGAGACUUCAAGCAGGACUUCGGGCCUCCCGCGACGAGACUUCUCCCAGGCGACAGCUGGCGAGGGUCGGACAACGACCGGGGCCUGGACCAAUGACUACCGGACGAGUAGCCGAGACCGGAAUCAUCGACGAAACGGACACUGA